AACGUUGAGUUAAAAUCAUUUAAACAAAGCCAUCAUGUCUCGAUUGACCCUCCAGGAGUCCUUCUUCGAAAAUCUAUGGCCACUGAUACUGAAGGCGAAUGUAUGUGAUACUUCGAGCAAGAAUACGUGUAGUUUCUAUGAGCCAGAUAAAACAUUUGACAAUAUCUGGCUGCACGCGUACCUUGCGGAUCGCGGUUUCAGAAGUUAUCAGCCGCCAACAGUGAUCCGCUGUUGCUUUGACGAGAAAGAAGAGAAGCUGGUGUUAUCUGAGCCAACAGAGACAACCAAUAACACUGACUUACUUCUAUCCGAGCCAAACCUCAGAGCAGAAGAUGAGCACUCCCAACAAACAGAACAGAAGGAGGAGGGUUUAUAUGCACCCAAGCCCGUAGAUAUUUUAUUAGUAGAACGGAUGGCUGUGAUGAGUGGAAAUUUUGAUCAACGGCGAAAGCUUGCAUACGCUUUCGUUAAUCGACAGUAUCCCUGGUAUAUGCAACCGCCU